CAGCCGGUCCUCCCAGCUAGCCUGCGGGAUGCGGCAGGGGACCAGGGGCAAGGGGAGGUACUAACCCCCCCCCCCCGCCCCCAGCCCCUGAUCCGGGCUUACAGACCCUGCCAGCAAGCCAAUUCCUUGCCAAGUGCAUCCAAGGCUCCUUGAAAAGAAGAGAGAGACGCUAGGGGUGAGGUGCAUCCAAGGCUCCUUGAAAAGAAGAGAGAGAGAGACGCUAGGGGUGAGGGGGUGCCCACCCCCCAGAGCGUGUCCUUCUGCGAACCUGGGAAGAAGAGAGGAGAUCAUUGAGUGGUGAAGGGAGGCGAGGCCAAUCUCCAGACUGGCUUGGGAAGCCUCUUAAGAAACCCGGGCGCUUGGCGCCAUCAUCUUCAAUGCUUCUCUGAAGAGCCCUUAGUAAGACUGUGAGAGAAAGAGAGAGCGCGCGCCUAGGGAGAGAGGCAAAGAAGAUGAGGAUUAUCUGCACACAGAUUGUCUUCUUGUUUUCUGGAUUUUGGGGACUCGCCAUGGGAGCCUUUCCGAGCAGCGUGCAAAUAGGUGGUCUCUUCAUCCGAAACACUGAUCAGGAGUACACUGCUUUCCGCCUAGCUAUUUUUCUUCAUAACACCAGCCCCAAUGCGUCGGAAGCUCCUUUUAAUUUGGUACCUCAUGUGGACAACAUUGAGACAGCCAACAGUUUUGCUGUUACAAAUGCCUUUUGUUCCCAGUAUUCUAGAGGAGUAUUUGCCAUUUUUGGACUCUAUGAUAAGAGGUCAGUACAUACCUUGACCUCAUUCUGCAGCGCCUUACACAUCUCCCUCAUCACACCAAGCUUUCCCACUGAAGGGGAGAGCCAGUUUGUGCUGCAACUGAGGCCUUCAUUGCGAGGCGCACUCCUGAGCCUGCUUGAUCACUAUGAGUGGAACUGUUUUGUCUUCCUGUAUGAUACAGACAGGGGAUAUUCAAUACUUCAAGCUAUUAUGGAAAAAGCAGGACAAAAUGGUUGGCAUGUCAGUGCUAUAUGUGUGGAAAAUUUUAAUGAUGUCAGCUAUAGGCAACUUCUAGAAGAACUUGACAGAAGGCAAGAGAAGAAAUUUGUAAUAGACUGCGAGAUAGAAAGGCUUCAGAACAUACUUGAACAGAUUGUGAGUGUUGGAAAACAUGUUAAAGGCUACCAUUAUAUCAUUGCAAAUUUGGGUUUUAAGGAUAUUUCUCUUGAGAGGUUUAUACAUGGUGGAGCCAAUGUCACUGGAUUUCAAUUGGUAGAUUUUAAUACACCUAUGGUAACCAAACUAAUGGAUCGCUGGAAGAAACUAGAUCAGAGAGAAUAUCCUGGAUCUGAAACUCCACCAAAGUACACAUCUGCUCUGACUUAUGAUGGAGUCCUCGUAAUGGCUGAAACUUUCCGAAGUCUCAGAAGACAGAAAAUCGAUAUUUCAAGGCGAGGAAAUGCGGGGGAUUGUCUGGCAAACCCUGCGGCUCCAUGGGGCCAGGGAAUUGACAUGGAGAGGACGCUCAAGCAGGUUCGGAUUCAAGGUUUGACUGGGAAUGUUCAAUUUGACCACUAUGGACGUAGAGUCAAUUACACAAUGGAUGUGUUUGAGCUAAAAAGCACAGGACCUCGAAAGGUUGGUUACUGGAAUGAUAUGGACAAAUUAGUCUUGAUUCAAGAUGUACCCACUCUUGGCAAUGACACAGCAGCUAUUGAAAACAGAACAGUGGUUGUAACCACAAUUAUGGAAUCCCCAUACGUUAUGUACAAGAAAAAUCAUGAAAUGUUUGAAGGAAAUGACAAAUAUGAAGGAUACUGUGUAGAUUUGGCAUCUGAAAUUGCAAAACAUAUUGGUAUCAAGUAUAAAAUUGCCAUUGUCCCUGAUGGAAAAUAUGGAGCAAGGGAUGCAGACACAAAAAUCUGGAAUGGGAUGGUAGGAGAACUUGUUUAUGGGAAAGCAGAGAUUGCUAUUGCCCCUCUAACAAUAACUUUGGUACGAGAAGAGGUCAUUGACUUCUCUAAGCCCUUCAUGAGUUUGGGCAUAUCUAUCAUGAUCAAAAAGCCUCAGAAAUCUAAACCAGGAGUGUUCUCCUUCUUGGACCCUCUGGCCUAUGAGAUUUGGAUGUGCAUAGUCUUUGCCUACAUUGGCGUCAGCGUGGUUUUGUUCCUAGUAAGUAGGUUUAGCCCAUAUGAGUGGCACACGGAAGAACCAGAGGACGGAAAGGAAGGACCCAGCGACCAGCCUCCCAAUGAGUUCGGCAUCUUUAACAGCCUCUGGUUUUCCCUGGGUGCUUUUAUGCAGCAAGGAUGUGACAUUUCACCCAGAUCCCUAUCAGGUCGAAUUGUUGGAGGAGUUUGGUGGUUCUUCACCCUCAUCAUUAUAUCGUCUUAUACUGCUAACCUGGCUGCUUUCCUGACGGUGGAGCGAAUGGUCUCUCCCAUAGAAAGUGCAGAAGACCUAGCCAAACAAACAGAAAUCGCCUAUGGAACACUCGAUUCUGGGUCAACAAAAGAAUUCUUUAGAAGAUCAAAAAUAGCAGUGUAUGAAAAGAUGUGGACCUACAUGCGAUCAGCAGAGCCUUCUGUGUUCACUAGGACUACAGCCGAAGGAGUGGCUCGUGUCCGCAAAUCCAAGGGCAAAUUUGCCUUUCUUCUGGAAUCCACAAUGAAUGAAUACAUUGAGCAACGAAAGCCCUGUGACACCAUGAAAGUGGGAGGAAACCUGGAUUCCAAAGGCUAUGGAGUAGCAACACCCAAGGGUUCCUCAUUAAGAAAUGCUGUUAACCUCGCAGUUUUAAAACUGAAUGAACAAGGCCUCUUGGACAAAUUGAAAAACAAAUGGUGGUACGACAAAGGAGAGUGUGGCAGCGGGGGAGGUGACUCCAAGGACAAGACGAGCGCCUUGAGCCUGAGCAACGUGGCAGGCGUCUUCUACAUUCUGGUUGGAGGCUUGGGCUUGGCAAUGCUGGUGGCUUUGAUAGAGUUCUGUUACAAGUCCAGGGCCGAAGCGAAGAGAAUGAAGCUGACCUUUUCUGAAGCCAUAAGAAACAAAGCCAGACUAUCCAUCACUGGGAGCGUGGGAGAAAACGGCCGCGUGCUGACGCCCGACUGCCCCAAGGCGGUUCACACGGGAACUGCGAUUAGACAAAGUUCUGGAUUGGCUGUCAUUGCAUCGGACCUACCAUAAAAACCAAAAAAAUAAUUGAGUGCCUUAAUUAAACUGUGUUGGUGACUGAUGGAAACGCAGCCCCGAAGGACAGGCCCCGCAGGGUCUCUGCUCAACCAACCCUGUGGCUGAGCGCGGGAAGUACGUCGUGAGCCGGACAGCAGCAACAUGUGCAUGAGUUCAGCUCGGAAACCCAAACUCAGAUUUUAUAUCAGGAAAACUCAAAUUUAGGUUUUUUGGGGGAGUGGGUGGGGGGAGCUGGGAUGGGUAUAUUAACAGCAACAAAUUUCACUCGAGUGGACUUAACUAAUCAGACUUGCCAAAUAGAGCAUUAAACUGUGAAGUUCUUGCUCAGAAAGGCCUUGGUCACCAUGGAAAAGAAUAAAAUAGUUACAGAUGUCAAGGAAUAUGCUAACCCAUGUCUCCAGAACACCCUAGCAGUCAAUGGGACAAUCUCCAGCUGAGACAGCUGAUCACUGAACUGUGACGAGAAAAUAAUACUCAAACAUGUAAAUCCUGUGAAAAACAAAAUUUAAAGGAAGCAUUUACACUUACUUUGGAGAAAACAAAUACUGAAACAUGCUUGCUUUUUAACUGACUUAAAUUCAGUAGAGGACAACACGAUUCUUUUUUCUAACCAUCUUAGGGAACAAUACAUUGCAAUAAUUGAUAUAAAUGCCAUCACUGUAAUGACUUUAGAGACUUUUUAAUAAAAGUUAUUGGUCAUCUUGUUCGCUGUAAUCUUCACACUCGAGUUGGUUCACGAAUUGGAUUUGUGUCACUAUCAGGAACGAAAACAAAGUGAAGAAAACAUGACAUGAAAUCAUCUGUCUGUGAUGUAGAAUCCAAAAUGACUACGGGUCACUCAUGUUAUUGCUAUUAUUUAUAACCUUGUUCUGUGUACAAAAUUGUGGUUUUUGUACCCACCAAAAAGAAUAAAGUAACAAAUGUUCUUAUCGUAUCUACAGAGCUUAAAUUUUUUUCCUACAACUAUAAAGGAUCUUUGAGAAAUUCUAAGACUCUCUGAGGGAUUAUAAGAGUCAAGAGGUGGGCCAUAGUAGAAAAUGUAGCUAUCCUAUAUUAUUUCUGCAUUUAAGCUUUCCCUUUUUUUUACAAACCUUUGGCUCAUUUGUUAAUGAAUUAAAUUGUCGAAGAUGGAAUCCUUGAGAAUGAAUCAUGUCCUAACAGCAACAUACUCUGUAACUGUGUAUUGAAAUUUACUGUAUUUUGCUCCAUAAAAUUAUUUGUCUCAUGUGAUUUCACCCUUCAUUCUUUUUCCAUUUAAAUCAUUUCAAGGUAAUAACAAUAGUUUAGAACAGGCAACAAGUAGAUGGUACUUGUUUUCACUGAGAAAUUGUGAAGACAAUUCUACCAUGUUUAUUUAAAAAAGGACACUUUGCUAUGUAUGGACAUGGUUCAAGAUAUUAGGUUCAUUUGAAAUGAUCAGUACUAUAAUACAAAGAAAAAAAAUCAUGGACUUAAGGAUCUCAGCAAAAAGCACAAGUUAGGAUGAUACUCAGAGUGUGAUCUUGAAGGAUGAGUAGAAGUUUCACAGGAAAGGUGGCCAGAAGCUAGUGCACAAAGCCAGUGGCUUGUGUCGCUGCCUUGCAUGAGGGCUGUGCGCAGCGAGAUGGGCUGGUGAGAGCACAGGGUCUGCUGAUACCAUGGAGGCUAAGCUGGAAAAGGUAGAUGACUAAUCUUCCUUUAGUGCUCAUGAUCCCCAUUCAAUCUCUGUGCUUUAGUAAAAGAAAUCUCAAAUGGUAUUAACCUGGUAACAUAUGUAUACACUGUCCCUCAGGAAAAAUUACAGGUUUUUGAGGUAAUAAUUUCCUUCAUGGUCUGGUCCUUAAUUAUUGCUUCAAACACUCCCAUCACUCCUACCCAAGCCUUCAGCCAGCAAAUGAACUUCCACAGUAGCACAUGUACACUGCAUAUACUAAUUCUUCAGUCUACAACUCCCUUCUGUUUCCUCUGUAUCUAACUUACACUCAUCCUUCAACACUCAAAUUGAAUGUCCUGGGAGGAUUUCCAUGACUAUUUACAACCCCCUGCCUAUGAAACUGAGUUAGGUGCCAUUCUUAAUGUUUUUUACCCAUCACAGCACUCACCACACUGCAUUGUAAUUGCUUGUGUACUUGUCUGUAAAACUACUAGACUGUAAGCUCCUUGAGGGCAGGGACUGUGUCUACCUUGUUCACAGUUGUAUCCCCAGCACCCAGCACAGUGCCUGGCAUAUUGUAGGUGCUUAAUAAAUAUUUGUUGAAUGAAA